GAGAGUCGAUUUCCGAUCGCGAAUGGGAUGGAUUGCUGCUUCAGUCUGCUGCUGCUGCGUCGCCUCAGCUGAUUGAGAGGAUUCCCUCUGCGGGGAAACAGCAAGUAAGCAAGUCCCGCCCUGUGUAAGCUCAGGACAGUCCAGCGCGAUGGAUUUUAACGUCAAAAAACUGGCUUCUGAUGCGGGGGUCUUCUUCACCAGGGCUGUGCAGUUCACAGAGGAGAAGUUGGGCCAGGCUGAGAAGACUGAGCUCGAUCCUCAUCUGGAGAACCUGAUCGCUCGGGCGGACUGCACCAAGAACUGGACCGAAAAGAUCUUGAGACAAACGGAGGUGCUCCUGCAGCCAAACCCAAUUGACCACACUGGUGCUCGGAUCGAGGAGUUCAUCUAUGACAAACUGGAGAAAAAGCUUCCUUCCAGGACAACCAAUGCGGAAUUGCUUGGCCAAUACAUGCUGGAUGCGGCCAGUGAAUUUGGCUCCGACACUCCGUACGGCAGUACCCUGAUUACAGUAGGAGAGUACCAGAAAAGACUGGGAACAGCUGAGCGUGAGUUCCUUCAAACCUCCGCCACGAUGUUCCUCACUCCCUUACGCAACUUCCUGGAAGGAGACUGGAGGACUAUAUCAAAAGAGAGGCGACUUCUCGAGAAUCGCCGGCUGGAUCUUGACAUUUGCAAAGCACGCUUGAAAAAAGCUAAGCAGUCUGAGGCAAAAGCAGCAGCCGCACCCGAUUUUCAGGAGACGAGGCCUCGAAAUUAUGUUCUUUCUGCCAGUGCGUCAGCGCUGCUGAGUGAGGAAGUGGACAAAGCAGAGCACGAGCUCCGCGUGGCGCAGACGGAGUUUGACCGUCAAGCCGAAGUGACCAGGCUGCUGCUCGAGGGCAUCGGCAGCACGCACCUGAACCACCAGCGUUGCUUGCAGGAUUUUGCGGAAGCUCAGGCCACCUUCUAUGCUCAGUGUCAUCACUACAUGCAUGAACUGCAGAGGGAACUCGGCAGAUCUGCUAAUGCAGUCAGCGCCCAGCGCCAGUCGGCCGUCUGUCCCGGCCCCGUGUCUGCUACGUUUCCGUCUGGUCCACGUUCACCUGGCACCGUCGUCCCCACCGCCUCGAGCGAUAAGCCCCAAACGUUGGCGAUGGAGCAAACGCAACUCCCCGUUACAGGCACCAGAAAGGCCAAAGUCCUGUACGACUACGACGCCCACGAUUCAAGCGAGCUGUCCCUGUUGGCCGAUGAGCUUAUUACCGUCUACACCGUACCUGGCAUGGACCCCGAUUGGUUGGUCGGCGAACGAGGCAACGAAAAGGGCAAGGUCCCCGUCACCUACCUUGAGCUACUGAGCUAAUGGACGCUAUGACAUGACAAGCAUGCAAAAAUGCCCUUUCGACUGUCACGCUGUAUAUUCAUGUAGUGCACUUACUUCAUUACGGACACUUUGGCCGAGUGGUUAUUUGAAACACGCAUUCAAACUUUCUCUGAAUACAAAGGAGGCCAUUUUAAUUUCAGGAACAAGCCGGAACAUUAUUAUUAUUUUUUUUAAACGAGGGUUGAGGGUUACUGACUCUGACCUCUACAGCUAAACCGGAAGCGCGUUACCUUGUGUUGGCUUUCCAAUGAUUUUUUUUUUGGGAUCCUUUUAACUGUAAUUUUUGACGUCUGUACGACUGAAGUGUCCUCCAUAGCCACAGGUUUAACAAAAUAAAGUAUAAAUCAACAGCGAGACAGAAGGAGAUCUCAUGAUUCUAAUAGUUAUCCAACAGAAGAAAAUUGAACAAAAAUCGUAGAAGCAGCAGAGAUGCUACGACGCGUGUUGCAGUACUCUUUUUCACCUGUAAAUGUGUAUUUUAUAUAUAUUUUUUUUUUUGGGAACCGUGCUGGUUGUCAUAACACCUUAUCCCUUCAGUUAACGAACCGUUUUCGCUUCCGAGUCAAUUUCUGUCACCAUUCGUUGGGAGCUUGAUGUUCUGUUAAGUUCCAAUUCUCCGAUCGACCAACCAAAUUGUGGUCACGGAGGCAAGCUGAGGCCGGAGAAUUGUACUGAUGACCGGAACAAUUCCAUGCUCACAAAUGUUUUUACUUUGCGCUUGAUUCAACAUAUGCGACGAUCGCUUAUUGCGAUGGGUUUAGGUGCAAAAUUGGUGUCAUGGAAAUAUAUGAUCUUAAGUGCUUUGAAAUGUUCAUCAAUUGCAUGUAACGAUUGAUGUCCCAUCAUUUCAGUACGCGUGGACGUAGAUGACAUGACAGCAGACGUGUUGGUGUGUGCACGCGUGUCACAAUUCAGGAAUUCCCAUCACAAUCGUUCAUGUUUUUAAUUGUAUGCGUUCUGUCAAAUACCCAAACUAGUUAUUGCACUUCCUGUUGACCCAUUUUUGCCUGGCUUGGAGCGCAAUAAACUUGCAUGUGUGGAACAGUCACGACU